AUGUCGGUAAUGUUAAAUAUCUACGUGUUGUUUAUGUGGGAGUGGACGCCAACAUUUAAAAUGAUGGUUAAAUCGACAGCGUUUCGCACGGCUGCGGAAAUCAUUCAGAUAAUCAUAUCGUGUCUUAUCUGUGGAUCAGUUGAACACAAAGCGGCUAAACUAUGUCAAGCGCUGCACUCGAUCAACACCCGGGCCCUCACGGAUGCCGAGUAUCGCGAGUGGCGUACGUUUACGGCUGUUGUCCAACAAUCUGGCCGUGCGUUUGGCUUUACGAUCGGCGGAUUCGCACCGUUUAAUAAACGCACUUUAAUCGGGUUUACUUAA